UGGUGACAGCAUUGCAAAGGCUCCCGUUCCGGCUCCUGCUCGCCAGCUCACUCUGUCCCACACAGAAUCUGAACUGCUUUGGAAGUCACCCAGGACCGCCUCGGAACUAGCUGUCUAAAUAAUCUGUUGGCUACAUAUUCCUGGCUUCCUCGGCUGAGCAGAAACACAAGGGUCGACGCAAUUCUUGUGCUGUUUGCAGGCCAAGUGAAACUGAAGUGGUGCUGAAGAUGGGCCCAGUAGGUGCGGAGGCAGAUGAGAAUCAAACAAUGGAAGCAAAGGUCGAGCCCUUUGGGCCAGGGCACACCACUCCUAGAGGUGAGCUGCCUCCUGACCCGGAACCCGAACUUAUAGACAGCACCAAGCUCGUUGAGGUGCAGGUGGUCCUCAUAUUGGCCUAUUGCUCCAUCAUCUUGCUGGGGGUAGUUGGCAACUCCCUGGUGAUCCAUGUGGUGAUCAAAUUCAAGAGCAUGCGCACAGUAACCAACUUUUUCAUCGCCAACCUGGCGGUGGCAGACCUUUUGGUGAACACCCUGUGCCUGCCAUUCACUCUUAUUUAUACUUUAAUGGGGGAGUGGAAAAUGGGUCCAGUCCUGUGCCACCUGGUGCCCUAUGCCCAGGGCCUGGCAGUACAAGUGUCCACCAUAACGUUGACGGUCAUCGCUCUGGACCGCCAUCGCUGCAUUGUCUACCACCUGGAGAGCAAGAUCUCCAAGCGAAUCAGCUUCCUGAUUAUUGGCCUGGCGUGGGUCAUCAGUGCCCUGCUGGCAAGUCCCCUGGCCAUCUUCCGGGAGUACUCACUGAUUGAGAUCAUUCCAGACUUUGAGAUUGUGGCCUGUACUGAGAAAUGGCCUGGGGAGGAGAAGAGCGUGUAUGGCACAGUCUACAGCCUUUCCACCUUGCUAAUCCUCUAUGUUUUGCCUUUGGGCAUCAUAUCUUUCUCCUAUACCCGUAUCUGGAGUAAGCUGAAGAACCACGUCAGUCCCGGAGCUGCGAGUGACCACUACCAUCAGCGAAGGCACAAAACAACCAAAAUGCUGGUAUGUGUGGUAGUGGUGUUUGCAGUCAGCUGGCUGCCGCUCCAUGCCUUCCAACUGGCGGUGGACAUUGACAACCAUGUCCUUGACCUGAAGGAAUACAAACUCAUCUUCACAGUGCUCCACAUUAUCGCCAUGUGCUCCACCUUCGCCAACCCCCUUCUCUAUGGUUGGAUGAACAGCAACUAUCGAAAAGCUUUCCUCUCAGCCUUCCGGUGCGAGCAGAGGUUGGAUGCCAUUCACUCGGAGGUGUCCAUGACGUUCAAGGCUAAAAAGAACCUAGAGGUCAAAAAGAACAGUGGUCCCACCGACUCUUUUUCAGAAGCUACUAACGUUUAAGAAGGCAGGUGUGAGAGCACACGGAUGAAUUCUGACCGGAGCUACCAAUGUGGUUAGGGAAGGUUUUCCGGUUGGUGCAUGCAGACCUCCCUUUGGAUUGACUGAAAAGCAUCAGAAUGAAGUA